AUGAGUUCUGGCAAUAAAUCGUUGGUGUCCUCCGGCGGGAGAGGAACCAACAAAAGUAAAUCUCAACAACAUGGCAAAUCAGAUCAGCACCAUUCUAAGACUUCAGAUACAACUAAACAUGAAAAAGGACAAUCCAACAAAGAUCAGACGAAACAUGCACAAAUAAUUGACACUCGACCAGGCGGAGUUGAAGAUCCAGGUUUAAAAGACCAGAUCAAGCAGAUCAUGGAGGUGACUCGUAAAUCAGAGGAUGAGGUAAUCAUGGCUCUCCAUGAUAGCGACUGGGACUUUGACCGCGCCGUAAAUGACCUUAUUGAGGGAGUUUCAUCAGAAUGGGAGGUAAAAAAGAAAAAACCACGUCAACCAAGUGGUUCUAAACAGGGCGCAGAUCAGUCCGGUGAUCACGAUGAGAGUGGAGGCGGAGAUUGGGAAGAAAGACGUCAUCAGCGUGGUAAUGGUCCUCCUCGUAUGCGGGGUCGGGCUAAUCAUGACAAUCGUGGGCGUGGUCGAGAAAACAAGGAAAACGAGAGAAACAUGGAGGACAACGUCCGUGAGGGUGCUUACGGAGGUAGCCGCCGUGGUCGAGGUGGGCCAGGUAGAUCCGGUCGAGGUGGAAGAGGUGGUGGUCGAGGUCUCGGCCCACGUACUUUUGCCAACCGUGGUGAUUCUUCCGGACCCCACAGUUUCAAUCGGCCAAUUGAUACUUGGACUGGCAGCGAAGAGCAGCAACAGAGUAGCCAAGACGCCAAGAUUGCCAGUGAUCCUUGGAAUAAUUUGGAACCAUCGGAGGAUUGGGAGAGUGAGUACACCGGCUCUUUGGCUGAUACUAAGGUGUUUACACCCAGUACAUCGAUCAACGACCAAGCAGGAAUGGAAGAGUCUAACAUUGCGUCUGAGACUGUUGUACAGUCGAACGUCCAGCCGGGAAAUCUUAGCGGAUUACCUCAGGAAGACUUAUCUAAAAUGUCUGACGUUCAAACAAUGCAAUCUCAGCCGUCUAUGAUUCAAUCUCAACCUCCUCAGUCUCAGCAGGCGCUUGGUAUGCCAACGCAGAUGCAAUUAUCCCAGCAGUCUAAUACAUUAACUGCCGCUCAGAGUCAGUAUCUCACUCAAUUGACUCAACAGACUAGUGAGAACUACAAGAGCGCGAAUCAGUCUGCUUUUUCAUCAAUGACUAUUUCUGGACAAGCUCAGAGGCAAACAAAACAACGGCCAAGAGUACCACCGCCUUCUAAGAUUCCUUCUAGUGCUGUAGAAAUGCCAGCUGAUACUGUUAACAGCAAUAUAGGCUUCCUAGACGUUCAAUUUGGUGCCCUAGAGUUUGGUAGUGAUACUACUACUCUUGAUGGUACAGCCAAUGACAAGUACAAUUCAUCGUCGACAAAUAUUUCCGGUAUUGAUGUAUCUUCCAAUGUAACUGCUUCGGGAAUUGCUAACUCUGCUGCUUCGUCUAAUACUUUAGACAUUGAUACAGCACAACAGGGUGGCUCUUACAACGCUUCGUCUCAGAUGAUUGCAUCACCCAAUAACACUGGUGUUACUUAUGGCAAUGCUAGUUCAAACUCUGCUACGUAUCAACCUCAAAAAACAUCAUAUCAAGGAUCCAAUGCAGCAACAUCUAAUAAUUACAAUGCGUAUUCAUCAACUGGUGGACAAUCUGUUCAAUCUUCGUUCCCAACGGCGCCUGGUGGUAACACCAACAGCUAUACAACGACUACGUCGGUUACUCAAUCUGGUUACAGUGGCUCUUAUCCUCAAUCUAAUGCUUCGACCUUCAGUCAAGCUUCACCGUCUGCUCCGUCAUCCACGGGUACCUCUGGAUACAAUCAAACCACUUCGUCUAACCAAGGGUACCAGUCGUCCAGUGGAUUUGUCCCUACAACUACCGCACAGUAUCAAGGCCAACAAUCAGCCAGUGCUGGAGUCAACAGCAAUUCUGGAUAUCAAGCGUCGAGUUAUCAGGGCACCUCUUCAUUCCAAUCCACAUCACAGGCCUAUCAACCAUCUGCUACUACAUUUACAUCUCCCAUGACUCAGGCAAAUAGCAGUGCCUAUCAAAGUGCAGCGCACUCGGUAUACGCAAGUGCCUAUGGCAAUUAUAACACUCAAUCUCAAACACCAUCUCACACUCACACAAAAUUGAGUACUACUUCUGGAAAGGAUUCUCAAUAUGACAAUGUAACAACGAGUAGCAGUUCUUUAGCAACAACUAGUGCUCCUGCAUUGGGUUUGUCUUCGACAUCUGUGAAUAGUUCUCAGACAAAAGUAUCAAGUUCAAAUGCUGUGCCAAAAAGUACAUCAAGUGGUAGUACGGGAACAGGAACAAGUGGAAGUAUUACUGGAGCCAGCAGUGCGGGUGGAACUGCUAGCAGUAUGACUCCUAUGCUAAGCCAUCAGUACAUUAUGAGUCAAGGUGUUCCUUAUCCUACGUUUCAGCAACCGAUGUACAGUUAUGAAGACCUGCAAUUGAUGCAACAGAGAAUACCACACAUGGUCAUUUUGUGUUUGGCCUUCCUGACUAACCUGCAGCCAACUACUGGUUACUAUGAUGCGGCACUGGGGUAUCAGACGACUGGUCCAGCAACAAGUCUCGGAGGUGGAAGAAGCGAUGCAUUAUCAGGAGUUCAAGGAGUUCAAGGUGUGCAAGGAGUCCAAGGUGCCUAUACCAGUAUCAGUGAUGGAAGAUUCGCGAGGAACGACAGCAAUGCUUCACCGGUUCCAUCAACAAUGUCGCAACAGGUAACGACUGCAACGCAACAUCAGCAACCAAUGAUGAAUCCUGCAUUACCUCCUGGUUACGCUUAUUUUACUUAUGGAGCAACUGCGGGAAAUGCUGGCACAAAUAGUGGUGCAUACAGUGCUAAGCCUGGUAGCUAUGGUUCUGGUUAUGGUGGAGGUGCUAGCUAUGACACCCUCACCAACACUGGUCCGACUGGCGAUUACAAAGGCGCCGGAAGUGGAUAUACUGGGACUCAAACUGGUAAGACUGGUACUUCUACGGGCAACAAUAAUUCAGGAGCUUCAUCAGCCACUGAUAUUGGUGCGACGAUGUACGCCAAAAGUCACGUUGCUCUUAGCAAAGUAAACUCGUAUGAUAAACAGACUUUCCAUUCGGCAACGCCGCCGCCUUUUAGUUUAACUAGUAGUCAGACUGCUGGAAUGCCUGGUGGUUAUGGUGCUCCGCAUUUGUUUAUUUCAACAAUGCCACACACUCAGCAUCUUCAUCAACCAUUACAUCAGGAUGGUGGUAGCAGCUCAGGGCAAAGAUCUAACACAAAUUCACAGAAUAAAGCACAGGCUAAGCCCGGAUAUAGUUCAAACUACUGGACUGCUGGUAAUUAA